AUGCCCGAUCCAAGCGACAAACGGAAGCGCCUUCCUGGAGGACAGCAAUCGCCAUCAGCCGUUCCUGAUGGUAAGCGGCGUCGAGUUGACCCUCCUGCCGAUCAGGCUUCUUUUUGGGAUGAUGUUGCAAAUGCUGGCGAUGCCUCGCUACAAUCCGAGUCGUUGCUCAUGGACGUGCUUACGCAAACAAGUAGAGGUGAUCUGCUGCUCAAAGAUGCUAGCGUCUCUGAGUUGUUGAGCCGAAAGACCGGCCCGAUCAUGAAGAUAACCGGCGCUUCACAAUUGGCUCUCAAAGAGAAUCGCUUGUACAUUGGUGGCGGGCCAGAGGUGAAAGAGGCAGUCAAAAUGUACGCGGACAUUGUGAUCCGCGCUGCGGUGCCAUCUCAGUAUGAGAGCUGCGAUAUGGUGCGACUGCACGUGUCCGAAGAGUUCGCUGCUGCCUUCGUAAGUAGAAAGAAAGGAGACGGCGAUGUAUCUGAGGAGGAGGAGAUGGAGCGCUCUGAGGGAGUCUUAAUCGUCACCGAGCGGAGGAGCGGCGAAGGCGGUGGAAAGCUGCAGGUCGGGGACUCAAUCGAAGCGUACGGCCAGCAUGGCCACUGGAGAAUGGCAACCGUCACAGAGGUCCCUGCGUCGCAGUGUGUCCGGGCUCGUGACAAUUCUGACCUGCAUGAGGAGCUUGUUCCACUGCGACGAACGCGCCUUGCGAGGUCCAUUGCGAUCUUCGGGAAAGCUGAAAACCGCUUGGCCGCUGCGAUACGUGUUGCAUCUUUAUUUGAGGACGUGUCUGCUGGAUCGCUUUUGUGCCUUCAGAACAACCCUUCCUUGCAAGGCAAGCUCGUCGGAGUCAUGUCUGAGAAACUUUCGGUGCGACCAGAUGUGAUGUGGAGACUGGACAAAAGCCCAUAUCUUACAAGUAUCAGGGCAGCGACGCGAUGCAGCAUCAUGUUCUUCAGUGGCCCUGCCGCAGACAGUGCAACUCCUGCAUCUAAGUCGAAGAUUAAGUCAGUUCCCCACGUUCUUGUGGCUGGUAGUCUGGAAGAGCGGUGGAAAGGUCUCCAGAUGGUGAAGACAAUCGCAGCAGGCAUGCACGAACGCAGACAUCCGGCCUUGCCACGUUCGCUAGUCGGCGAUGCUCGCAAAGUAAGAAUUCCGAAGGACAUGUUGUCUGUGGUAGUGGGGAAGAAUAUGAGUGCCAUGAUGGAAAUGAUGCGUUCAACGGUCACAGUCAUUCUGCCGCUCAAAGAAAACAACGACAAGGAAAUGGAGCUCUUGGAUAACCUUGUUCUGGAAGGCGCAGAAACGAAGAGCUGUGACAUUGCAAUCCUGGGCGAACCUCUUGCAAGAGCAAUCGCAGAGCUGAAAAUCCGAGCUUUGGUUGAGAAGCACAUUCCUGGAUAUGCGGAGCAGGACGAUGCCGGCAUGGAGGUGGAUGCCGGGCUUGGUGUUGAGCAGCUCUCGCUCGAAACGGAGUUGGAGCAGAUGGAAGACAGCACGCAGAUUGGCAAGCAGCUUGCCGGUGCUUCUGGCUGCUGUGUUGAAGUUGCCGCCAGCCGCGCUUUCUUCGCCGGUAGCAAGAAGCAUCGAGAUCGAUGUAGGGAGUACCUUUCCUGGGUGAACGCUUCUUUACACUCUCGCAUCCGUGGCCUGAGCAGAAGAAGUGACGUGACUGUGAGGACAAAGGUGCCUUCGGGCAUUGCAGAGUUGCCGUGGCUUCAGAGGAAGCUGGCGAAGCUGGCAGUGGACUGUAGCGCCAUCGCUUUCUUCGAUGUGGAGAGUGAAGAACAAGGCAAGGCAACGAGGCGCCUGAUCUUUGCUGGAAGUGCUCUGGCAGAGCGUCCUCGUCUGGCUCGGACGCUGUGUGCAGAAUCGAACAUCUUCAUCGACAAAGCGACUUUUUACAAGGAGAAGGACUGGUCGCUGGAGGAAUGCAACGAGGCAGAAGAAAAGGAGAAGAUGGAUCUGAGAGAAGAAAAGAAGGCAGUGUUUGGGUGUCUCGUCGAGGGCCAAGGCAAGGGCGGAGACACCAAAGGAGGUGGCAAAGCAGAAGGCAAAGGUAAAGCUUCCAACAACGACCAGGAGGGGCAGGCAGAAGCGGCCAGUGGCGACAAAGACGCACAGGACGCAUCAGAUGCGCAAGUCGCUGAACAAAAGGGCCGCAAGGGCAAAGGCAAAAACAGAGGCGAGGACGGCGGCAAGGGCAAGAGCAAAGGCCAGAGCAAAGGUAAAAUCGUUUUCGUUUCUGGGGGGCCACAACGCAAGGAGGCUGCGCCACCAAUUGCUGAUGCUGUCCAAUCAGAGGAUCUACCAGCGAUGGCCGAUUCCGAUGUCAUCGAAGACUCAAAAAUGACACCGAAAGUUGCACUUGCUCAGCCGAGCACACCCGCAUUCAACAGUGCAGCCAGAGCCAUCGGAACGAGUGUGACGCAGGUCAGUGGUGCCGGUGGACGUGCUGCACGACAAGACCAGAAACCACGCGGCUCACCGCCACCUGCCAGUGCUGCUGUUGCAAGUCCUGGUAAGGCGUUCGCAUUAGCGCCAGCCAUUCCUGCAACAGACGAACGUGUCCCAGAUCCCAGAACCCCCGCGCCAGGAUCGGCGCGCGAGGCUGUUGCCCCGCCAAGAACACCAGGGCUGCCUGGGUCUCAGCGGAUCGCUCCACCACGAACCCCAGCAUUGUCUGGAGUCGCUCCACCUGCGCGGUCUGCAGCUAUUGCCCCACCAAAGACCCCAGCCGUGCCUGGCGCGUCCAUUCCGCCGCCCAGUACCCCGGCACCAGGUGUGGCACGCACAGCUGUGGCUCCACCGAGAACACCUGCGGGGCCUACGACCCAUGCCCGUGGCGAGCCUGUAGCUGCACCGAAAACGCCGGCGCUGCCUGGUCCUGGUCCGCGCGUCGAAGCUGUGGCCCCACCGAAAACACCAGCAGUGCCGGGUGCACGUGUGGAGUCCGUUCCGUUGCCGAGGACGCCAGCAUUUCCUGGAUCUCAUGUGGCACCACCGAAAACACCGGCCGUCCCAGCUACAACACCUCAAGCUGCAAGAAGCAUGGUUCCUGGACCACAGACCCCGCAUCCAUGUCGGGCAGCUGCAAGCUCCCCAGCACCACCGCAAACACCAGCGGCACGGGUGCGGACACCGCCCCCUCAAACAGGCAGCAUACCGUUACCCCAUACCCCAGCCGGCCCCGCAUCCACGACAGCUGGCAAAGC